AGCAAAAAAUUUCAGAGAACAAAUCUUGAGAGAAAAAUGGAAAGAGCCAAAGUUUUCAAGCUUUUCCUCACCUCAAUCCACAAAACCAUCACUUCUUGGAAUCAUCAUUCCAAAAGCCCAACCUUUCGUUUGUCCGACAGUUGGGGGAAGUUGAGCUGGGUGGGAGCUACAGAAAUCCAGGAGAGUUUUCCUCGGCAUGGCAAGAUUGUUAUAGAGUUUUUUGAUUCUUAUUCUGUUGCUGUGGGUAAGUAUUCCUUCAAGCUCAAGUAUGGAAAAAUCCUAUUUGAAGAAAAUUCCAAGCAGAUGGGUGAGUUUGAGGCCUCUUUGCUUGAGGAAAAGAUCUCACUUCUCAGAGGAAGAACAGUGAACGAGUCUCAGUUAACAAAGCUCAAUGAAAUUGUUGAUGGCUGGAUUACAUACGCCCUCAAGAAAACAGGAGCACAUUUCCUUGAGGUUUCAAAGGAUGAUAAAAAGAUGACGGAAGCUAUCAACGAGAUCGGUGAAGCAAGAAAUGCUCUAACUGUAAACUCAACGUCCGAUAUGAUCGAACAAACCUGCAAAUCUUGCGCAGCGAAAUCCACGAUCUUCGAUUACAACUUCUGUGUCUCCUCUCUCAACAACUCACCAAUCGAUCUUCCUUCUCCGACCAAUCUUUCUUCUCUUGCCCUAGUUCCAAUGCUUCAAGCUCUCGACAACGCCACCGCAACAGCUUCCACCAUUCAACAGCUUCUGAUAAGCGAGGACGACGGUGGUUUCCGCGGUGCUUGCCUUCGUGACUGCCUCGAGCUUUACGAGGACGCUGCGGAUAGAUUGGAGGAGGCAGUAAGAGUUUUUAUUGCAAGGAAAGAGUUAGGGACGGUGAAUGUGAUGGUUACCGCCGCCAUGGAAUCCGCCGUGACGUGUGAGGAUGGGUUUAGGGAGAGAGACGGUGACGGCGGUGGUGGUGUGAUGACAUGGACGUCUCCAAUUGGUGGUGAGAAUUACAAGUUGUUUAAAUUGGGCCAGAUUGCUCUUUGUAUAAUCAAUAUGCUCUCUUCUUCUGUCACAUCUCUAUCUUUCUAAAUCGUUUUCAAUGAAGACAUUUUAGGGUU